CGUGCGGUUCGUGAUUAAGUUUAAUGGAGUUCAAGUUCCGAGCAGGCGACGAUAGACCGCCGCCGUAUCUACCGCCGUCUUCCAGCUUCAGUUACUACUCCGAGCAAGCAUUGCGAGCUAACUACUCAACUUCCCCCAGUUUCAUGGGAAACCAAAGAGAUUUUUACACUAUCCAGCGUGAGAUUGAGAAGGACAGAAUCAGGCAAGAAAUAAUUGCUGAAGAAAACAUACGUCGGCGAAUGCUUGAAGAGGAGGUGAGGAGGGAGUUGAUGAUGGAAAGAGAGAUGGCAAUGCACAGAGAAGCCAAAAUGGGGCUGUCAAUUGAAGAAAGGCUCACAAUGCGGCUUGAUUCAAGGUUCCCAUUCGUGCACCAGUUCAACAAUCGCUGGCUACAGGAUCGGCUAGCAUUUCCUGGGAAUCGCAGCUUGGGACCGGGAAUGGAGGUGUUGCCUCCUGUCUUCCCACAGUUGGGGGAUGCCAUGACAGAUGAGAAUAAGACUGCCUUGGAGGUUGACAAGAAGGAUAAGUUGAUUAUACUGGUCAGUGUUUGGUUUUGCUUAGAAAAAGUUAAUUCAUGCUUUUAUAUUUUUGGUGUGAAUGAUUUUCUUUUCAAUUUUGGUUGUUGGGACAAUCAGGCAAAGCCCGAGCCAAAUUUCUGUGGAGCAAAGCGGAAAGCUGCCACACCUCCUUCUGGUGCUGGGGAGCUCCCAAUAAUGAGUUUGAAGAAGAAUAAAAUUGAGGAGUGGAGUUGUGCCCUUUGUCAGGUUAGUGCUACCAGUGAGAGAGGUUUAAAUGAACACCUUCGAGGUAAGAAGCACAAGGCCAAGGAAAAAGCACUGAGAACUCAGAAGAUGCAGCAAAAGAAUUCCACUGCGUCAUUGCCAAAAAAGCAAAAGUCUGUCAAGGCAAUUACGUUUGCUGAGACCAGAGUUAUAUCUGGCUCAGAACCAGAGAUGAAGGUAAAAGAAAAAUCACUUCAAAUCAAAAAAAGGAAGGAUGGUUCAGACCAGAAAAUGGAGAAUGGAAAAGAUUUAAAUAAUAAGAAAAGUGACUUUCUGAAGAAGGAAAACGGGAAUGCAGUAAACAAGAAGAAGAAAAAUGGGGUAUCAACCGUGGGGAAAGUUGAAAAAACACCUGAAGCUAGGAGGAAGAAGUUUAAAUUUUGGUGUGAAAUAUGUCAGGUUGGUGCUUACUCUGAAGUAGUGAUGGAGACUCAUAUGAAUGGGAAGAAGCACAUGUUUCGGAUUCAGAAACAUAAAAUCCGUGAAGCUGUACCCAGUAAAAAUACCAGAACCACUAUCACCACAAACAUGGUUGCAUCACUAGAGCCUACUGAGAAGGUAAGUGAUGUAGGAGCAGCUAUAUCACCAGAGCCUAUUGAGAAGGCAAGUGAUGUAGAUGCAGUUGAGCCUAUUGAGAAGGCCAGCGAUGUGGAUACCCUUGCAUCACCAGUGUGUGUCGAGAAGGCAAGUGAUGUAACUGCUGCUGCUGGUGCAUCCCCAGAGCGUGCCAAGAAGGUAAGUGAUGUAACUGUUCGGGUUGCUUCACCAGAGUGUGCUGAGAAGGCAGGUGAAGUAGCUGAUGCAACUGCAUUACUUUGGCUGCUGGGAAGACGGGUGAUUUAGAUGCUGGCAUGUCACCAGAGCCUACGUAGAAGGCAAGUGAUGUAGUAGAUGCAGUGGCCGAUGACGGCAAUGUAGAAACAACAAAAAUUGUUGCUGGAGAACUCAGUUACGAAGAUUAACCAAGAGCGAAAUUUAGCAUGCAUGAUGAAACAGACUCCAUGGUUCACCCAAGGUACUGCUUUCCAAGAAAUGUUUAGAGUUGUGCUAGUUACUUUGUAUGUAUCUAAGUUUAACUUCUCAAACGUGAUGAUGCGUUACCCGCAACAACUAAUGAACCCGGAAAUCAAACUUAUUAACGAUCAGAUUGGCUGAAA